UGCUCACCACUCAGUGAUCUCAUACCCUCUCCUUUUCUCUCUUCUCUUCGCUUCUUCGCUCUUCCCACCGUUACUUGAACAACUACACUAAUAUUCUCUCUCUCUCUCUGUUGCAACGCCAUCAACAACGUCACCAUGAUGGAUGCGGAAUCGGACAAGCGCUCUGCUUCCACCUUUUCUCCUUCUUCAUCUUCUUCUUACUCCUCUUCCUCGUGCCUCCGUUUGGAUCGGCUCGUCGACUCCGAGGAGAUUGAGGCGGCGGAGACUCUGGCGCAGUUGGCAAACUGCAACACUCACUCCUCCGAUAAAUGGUGCACCAAACAAGACACAACCCGAGUCAUGCGCGAGUCGCCGACUCUUCUUCACUCGGAUCUCUCUCUUGGGCCUGGGGGCCAAGCUAUUGCAGGUCAGCAGCCAGAUGAAAAAAUAUCCACUACAUCUGUAGAAACAGAAAUGUUUCAGCAGGAUGACUGCUCGAGGCACAUGAAGGUCGAGCAGGAUGCUGAUGUAUUACCUAACACAAGUUACUCUUUAGUUCGAACCACCAAGUCAAGGCGAAAUUUAACCGAGGAAGAAAAAGAAGCAAGGAGGAUACGCAGGAUAUUGGCAAAUAGAGAGUCAGCUAGACAGACAAUUCGCCGUAGGCAGGCUCUGUGUGAGGAGUUAACUAGAAAAGCUGCCACUUUGGUGGCAGAGAAUGAAAACCUAAAGAGGGAGAAAGAAUUGGCUUUGAAAGAGUAUGAGUCUUUGGAGACUACAAAUAAGAACUUGAAGACACAGAUAGCCAAGUCAAUAAACACUGAAGUGGAGAAAACUCCUGUUGAGCCUGUGUCAUCUGUGGCUGAGAUAACACCUUCAUCCGGUAAUGGUCCAUGGUUCCUUUAUAACCAUUUUCCAGUUUCACAAAUAUUUUGGCCUUCCAUCCUUCAGUCUUCUAAUCCAGUUCAUCUACAAAAUACAUCAUUUAAUUCCAUCGCCAUUCCACCUAAUGCUAAUGUUCCAUGUUCUUCUGAGUCUGAAUCACGUCACAAGCAAAAUAACCUUAUAAAUGAUAAUCGAACUCAAAAUCCAUUUUACAUGUUUCCGUGUCCUUGGUUAUUCCCUCUUCCACAGUUUGGAAAUGGACAAUCAUCUCCUUCCAAUAGCCUGAAAGAUGAACAAGAUAAUCUUUCUCUAUGUAAACCUUGUAGUUCUAGUUCAUCUUUGAAUACACUGGCAAAUGUGGAUUAUCAAGCAGCUUUACCUAUCAAACUUAAAACAGAAGCUUGUGGCUGGACAGAGGCCAUACCUAUUAAUAACCCUGGUUGUGCCACUCCAAGAUCAUCUUUGGAUGGAGGUGAGAAGAAAACAGGAUGUUACAUUAUAGAAAAAUAUCAUGGACCUGCACUCGGUUGUAAUGGUCAUGCUUCUGCUGUCAAACAAGAACAUGAUUUUCAAUUACUUUCUGCUCCUAACAAUAAAGUAUCUUCAAUAGCUUAUAUUUCAACUUCUUCACUGGAAAAGAAACAAGAAAAGUUCAUUUGCCAGGAGAAAAAUCUAGUGGAUGCAGUUGCUGCUGCAGAAGCAAGAAAGAGGAGAAAGGAGCUAACGAAGCAGAAAAGCAUCCAUAACCGCCAGUCCCGGAUGCACUGUUGACUUCUUAAUAUGCAAUAUUCAAAGUUCAAAGGGAGCAAGUUCCGCGACACAGGUUAACUAUUUCCAUUGAGGACCUUUGAAGGAAAAGAACUGAACUCCAAAUCAUGUAUAGCGCUGACUUAGUUGAAGGUUUAAUUUUUUUUGCCAACAAUCUUGCUUGUUUCUUUUUUACUCAUACAAGGAUUUUUUUUUCCUCCCGCGGAGGAGAGAGGGGCAUAGGGAAGUUGGUUUCUUGAAUGGUGAAACUGACCAAAUUUUUUAUUGAUAGCUAUUAUGUUCCGGAUUCUUUAAAUUUCAAUUUCUGAUCAGUAAACCUCAGAAAUUGUGUUAUGUCUUGUAAGGACAGGAGGAGAGAAAUUUAGGUCUAUGUACCGUUUUAUCCUUACUUGAGAACUGAGAUAUCUUUCAGCGGAAGUGGAGAUAUUUAAUAAUGUUGAGCUCAAAA